UCUGCAGCCUGCACAUUGACACACAGUUUUUGAGAAAAUAAUCCCUUUGCUUCUGCCUGUUUAUGGCACAACCAGUAAGAUGAAUGCAGUUCUGAUGUGUUUAAGUCCACUCUUGGUCUGAUAAAGUGUUUUAAUAGGCUAUCUUGCUCUGGGCUUACCAGUCACGGUUAAGGAAAAUAAAUUAUGAUCUCCAAAACAGGGCCAAGCUGUGUACAAUAAAUUAUAAUAUGCCAAUAUUCUGUUAUAAAACACAUUUGAAGCUGCUGCAAAACCGCCCACUGGGCGUGGACAGGCAAAACCGUCGGCGUCAGGAUCCAAGGUGGGACACAGGGUGAGAGUGAGACAGGUGGUCAGCAGACUGACCCGAGUCAGGCAGAAGCUUCACGAGCUGCAGACGGUCGCCUUUGGACGUGGGUUUGGGGUCGUAACGACCUUUAGACAAAGUGAAGUCAUUUGGGACGUAAGCCUUCAGAUCUGACAGAGCUGUUGCCUGACAUGCUGAAGAAGAGCAGCAGAACAAAAACAACAAGGCGUUCUCAGAAAUCCAGACAGGUGGGUCAAUUAAAGGAGAGCUCCGACAAUGCGGCGGGCCAUGGCCAAACCAAGGACACAAGCCUUACGUGGAACUGGUUACCUGUCUCAUGCUCAGUCCACCUCCUGCCUUUCCAUGACAGAGGAGCUUUUCUUAGAUGCUGCAGAAUAUGGCAACAUUCCUGAAGUGAGGCGGAUGCUAGAGGAGCUGCCAGAUCUCAACGUCAACUGCGUGAACUACAUGGGCCAGAAUGCACUUCAGCUGGCAGUUGCCAGUGAGCAUUUAGAGGUGACUAAGCUCCUGCUUAGGAAGAAAAACCUUGCUAGGAUAGGAGAUGCUUUGCUGUUAGCCAUAAGUAAAGGCUACGUCCGUAUCGUGGAGGCCAUACUGAGUCAUCAGGCCUUUGGAGAUGGUCGGAGGCUGACCAACAGUCCCAGCCAGGCGGAGUCACACGAUGACUUCUUUGCUUAUGAUGAGGAUGGCACACAUUUCUCUCACGACAUCACGCCCAUCAUCCUGGCCUCCCAGUGCCAUGAGUAUGAAAUCGUGCACAUACUUCUUACGAAGGGGGCCCGUAUAGAGCAGCCCCAUGACUACUUCUGCCAGUGCAGGAUCUGCAGCGAGCAGCAGAGACAUGACUCAUUUAGUCAUUCACAGUCCCGUAUCAAUGCGUACAAAGGUCUGGCUAGUCCAGCGUAUCUGUCCCUUUCCAAUGAAGACCCGGUGAUGGCGGCUCUGGAGUUGGGCAAUGAACUUGCAGUUCUGGCCAACACUGAGAAGGAGUUCAAGAAUGAUUACAACAAACUGUCCAUGCAGUGUAAAGACUUUGUGGUGGGACUUCUGGAUUUGUGUCGAAACACAGAGGAAGUGAAGGCCGUCUUAAACGGGGACACUGAAUCGUGUCAGAGCUCUGAAAACUUCAACAGACAAAACCUUAUCAGGUUAAAACUUGCAAUAAAAUAUGAAGUUAAAAAGUUUGUGGCACAUCCAAACUGCCAGCAGCAACUCCUCUCCAUCUGGUAUGAGAACUUGUCUGGACUACGUCAGCAAACCACAGCAGUUAAAAUCCUUCUUGUCCUUGGUGUAGCUGCUGGGUUGCCUGUCCUGGCCUUUAUGUACUGGAUAGCACCAUCAAGUAAGUUAGGGAAACUCAUGUGCGGGCCUUUCCUGAAGUUUGUGGCCCACGCAGCUUCCUUUAUGAUAUUCCUUUGCCUACUGGUCCUGAACGCAGCAGAUCGGUUUGGAGGAACAUUGCUGCUGCCUAACAUGACCACACACGAUCAUCCCUCACAACUGUUUCGUAUGAAGACCACCCGUUUCACCUGGAUGGAGAUUCUCAUCAUAUCCUGGGUCAUAGGGAAGAUCUGGGAAGAAUGUAAAGAUAUUUGGUCGCAGGACAUCCGGGAGUACAUCUCAGAACCCUGGAACCUUCUUGACUUUAGUAUUUUGGCCAUUUUUAUGACCUCUUUCAUCGCCAGAUUAAUGGCUUUCUGGCAUGCAUAUUCGGCUCAGUGUUAUGUUGACAAGCACUAUGCUGAUCUGUCCAACAUAACCUUGCCCUCUGAGAUACAGUAUUUCCAGCUGGCUCGAAUCAACUGGAUGCCCUCAGACCCGCAGCUUAUUUCUGAAGGCCUCUAUGCAAUUGCGGUUGUGCUGAGUUUCUCUCGUAUCGCAUACAUUCUGCCUGCCAAUGAGAGCUUCGGGCCUUUGCAGAUCUCUCUGGGAAGAACCGUAAAAGAUAUAUUUAAGUUCAUGGUGAUUUUCAUUACAGUUUUUGUGGCUUUCAUGGUGGGAAUGUUCAAUCUGUACUCGUACUACCUUGGAGCCAAACACAACAAUGCCUUUACAACGCUCGAAGAGAGUUUUAAAACCUUAUUUUGGGCCAUCUUUGGCUUGUCAGAAGUGAAAUCAGUCGUCAUUAACAUCGACCAUAAGUUCAUUGAGAAUAUUGGCUAUGUUCUUUAUGGGGUCUACAACAUCAUCAUGGUGAUUGUCUUGCUGAAUAUGCUCAUUGCCAUGUUCAACAGCUCCUUCCAAGAAAUUGAGGAUGAUGCUGAUGUUGAGUGGAAGUUUGCCAGAGCUAAGCUCUGGUUCUCAUAUUUUGAGCAUGGUGGCACACUGCCUGUGCCCUUCAACCUCAUACCCAGCCCCACAUCUGUCAUUUCCCUCUUGCUGGGGAUAAGGGAAUUUCUGUGGGACGUGCCUCAAAGUAAAAGCAAAGAAAUUUCAAAUGACAGGAUGGAGCUUAACAGGUUGAGGCAAAAGGAGGAUCUGAAUGUGGAAACAUCACUUUGUCCAAGCCAUCACCAAGACUCUUUAAUCUUCUAUUCUUUAUGGCAGAAGGUAAUGAAUCGCCUCAUCAAAAGGUACAUCUUAAAAGCCCAGAGAGAUAAAGAAAAUGAUGAAGUGAACGAAGGUGAACUGAAAGAGAUCAAGCAGGACAUCUCCAGUCUCCGCUAUGAGCUGCUGGAAAGGGGGAACCAUGACAUGGAGACAUUGGCAAAACUCAUCAAGCAGCUGGGAAAAGUCAUUCAUGCUCAGCCGAAAUAAGAGGAGAAGAAUUAACUGGCUAUGCAAGAAUGUAAACAUUAGAGUUGAGGCACUCAGUCAGCAUCAAGCGGGCCCUUAGGCACACACUUGUUGGGUAAAAGCUUGAAUGAUAAAAACAGACAUGAUGUAUUUUAAAUAUACAAACAUCUCUUUAUCCUUAGUGUAGAUGUGUCAGUUUGAGAGGAGAACUCAUUAAAUACUCUUUGUACCUGUCCCAUGUGUACAGUUACUCACAAAUGAAACUUUAUUUCUUGCUUUAAUUCUGGCUCUGUUACACUGACGUGCACUACUGACUGCUAACAUAUGAUGGUGCUGCCUAAUAACCAGCUGUUUGUAGGGUUUGAUUUAGAGGCACUGCUUCCAUCUGAAGCAGGAUAUGUUUGGAUGUCAGUGGUGGGAUUAGAAG